UCACUUCCCUCUCCCGCCAGCAGCUGCACCGACACAAGGCAGCAGCCUGAGCCCGCCACCUCUUCCCGCCUCCCGCACCUCCUCCUCCAGCUCCUCACAACCGGAAGUACCCGGCGGAGCGGACAGCGCGCAGCAGUCACCGGGGUUUCUAGUCAGGCAGAGAUCUCGGAAGUCCAGGCCGCGGCUCCUCACAUGGUGCUGUCCUAGAGAAGACAUGCCGCUGCUACACCGCAAGCCGUUCGUCCGGAACCCGCCGCCCGCCGACCUGCAGCCCGCGGAGCGCCUCUUCUACUGCCGGGUGACUAACGAGGUCUUCAGGGACUACGAUGAGUUUUUCGAACGCACUAUCCUAUGUAACAGUCUGGUGUGGAGCUGCUCCUUCACUGGGAAAUCUGGACUUACUUACCAGGAGGCACUUGAUUCUGAAAAAAAAGUGAAAAAAAACUUGCAGAAUUUUCCAGAACCUGUAGUCGUGCCUGUGCUCUACCUUGCCACACUCGCCAAUCAUCAGAGGGUGUCAGAUCUGUGUGAUGAUAUCUACGACUACGUGAAAGGCCGAUACUUUAUUGGUGAAACUGUGACUGUAGUGAGAAACAGUGGUGAAAGGUUGGAGUGCACGGUUUUGGAAAUUAAACUUCCACCACAGGAGAACGGGAUGACAAAUGGGCACGACAUCCACAGUGACACAAUUGUAAUCAGUGACAGUGAUGAUGAGUCUCCAAAGGAUCUUCCCAAUAGCUGGAAGAAAAACGAACCCAUUGACCCAACUCUUCUCAAAUACAAAGUUAAACCUAUUGUAGAAACAAAGUACGAAUCUGUUACUGUGAAGCAAUUACAAGUCAGUCGGAAAUCCUCGCUGUUUUCACAAGAGAGACUGAAAUACUUCUUAAAACUUCACUGUGAAGUACAAAAUGGCACAGUGAAGCCAAAGGCAAAUAGUAUUGCAAAAUACCAAAUCUUAGCAAAAAAUUUCUUCCAUUAUUUUCCUGAUGAGCCUCCAAGGUUCGUCUUGUCAGCAGAAAAAAAAGCUGCAGCUGCCAGAAAGCACUUGAGAAGGGAACAUGCAAGCAGGGAGGCAGCAGCUGCAAGGGAACGAGAGAGAAUCCGGCAGCACAAGAAAGAACUGAAAGCUAUGGAAAUGGAAAAAGAGAGAUUGAGAAAGGAACGCGCUGAACGUAUGCAGUACCGGGGCAUGGAAAAGGUGGAUAAAGAUCUACAGAAGGAAGAGUUUAAAAAGACUGUUCAGGUACAACGGCUGAAGAAAAUGGAAGAAAAACAGAUGAUAAAACUUGAAAAGGAAAAGGAGAGAGAGAAAAUCCGCGAGGAGAAGCGUAAAUAUGCUGAGCGCAUAAAAAUGUGGAAUCAGCGUCGGGACGACAUAGAGUGUGAUGACUUAAAGGAUCUUCCUGCUCCUGUUCCAGUGAAAACGAGACUCCCUCCUGAUUGUUUUGGGGAUGCUGUCAUGGUCUUAGAAUUCCUUUAUGCAUUUGGUGAUCUGUUAGACCUUAAUGAGGAAUUUCCUGAAGGAAUUACAUUUGAAAUUCUUGAAGAGGCUUUGGUUGGCAGUGACCCAGAAGGACCACUUUGUGAGCUGCUUUUCUUUUUCCUGAGCGCCAUUUUUCAGGCCUUAGCAGAAGAGGAGGAGGAUGUGGCCAAUGACCAAAUAACAGAUGCAGAAGCUAAAGGCCUAACGGAAGCUUUGGGUGAGGAUGCAGACACAACAAAGUCUGCUCUAUAUGCAGUAGCCUCUUUAGCAGCGGCUUGGCCCCAGUUAAAUCAUGGCUGCAGUCUGAAAGAGUUGGAUUUAGAUAGCUGUACUCUUUCAGAGAUUCUCCGUCUCCAUAUCUUGUCCUCUGGAGCCGAAUCCAACUCUGCCAAUGCUAAAUAUCGGUACCAAAAACAAGGUGGCUUUAUCGCAACAGAUGAUGCCUGUUUGGAGCUUCGUAUGAGCAAUCCUGCAAUCCUGAAAAAGCUGUCUGGUACUUCAGUGUAUGACUUGUUACCCGAUGAAAAGCUGAAAAUUCUCCAUGCUCUGUGUGGGAAGCUGCUUACAUUAGUGUCCACCAGAGACUAUAUUGAAGAUUGCAUUGAAGAGCUGCGGCAGAUGAAGCAAGAAUUCAGAGAACUGAAAGCUGAACAGAACCGUAAAGAAAAGGAAGAAGCUGCUGCUAGAAUUCGAAAGCGGAGAGAGGAAAAGCUGAAGGAGCAAGAGCUGAAGAUGAAGGAUAAGGAAGAUAAACUGAGAGAAGAUGAGAACACUUCAACUAAAAGUGCAGGUGAAAAGACUGAAGAACAUGAUGAUUUGGACACAAGCUCUGAGAAUAAAGAUGCUGAGCAGGACGUGGCCACUGAAGAUGAAGGGCUGACGCCAGGAGGCAAGAAAAGGAAAGGUCAAAAGGAGAAAAAUACAAAUUCCAUGGGAAAGAAAGAACCUUCUUCAGUAGAGGAAGAAUUAAGGAAGAAACAAGAGAAGAAAGAGCAGGAUUUGUUGGAAAAAAUGCAAUACGUCACAGCAUGCACCAACAUCGUACCCCUGGGCCGAGACCGAUGGUAUAGGCGCUUCUGGACAUUCUUUUCUUUACCAGGGCUUUUUGUGGAGGAGGAUUAUACUGGAAUAACUGAGGAUAUGUUACAACCUCAAAAAGAGAUUGAAGGGGAAACUGAAAAUGAUCCUGAGGUGAAUGGUCAUGACUCGCCUGUUAAAGAGGAGAAAGUGGAGGAGCCUCCUAAACCUGUAGACAAGCCAAACCGCUGGAGCUACUACAGCACUGUAGAACAGCUGGAUGAACUGAUUGAGUGCUUGAAUACACGAGGGUAUAGAGAAAGUACACUUAAAGACACACUGGUACAGGAAAAGAUGAGGAUCUGCCAGAGACUAAGUAACUUCUCAGCAAAUCGCUUCCAUAUAUCAGACAGUCCACUCCCAACAGAUAUUAAACCCAGUAGGGGGAGACCAUCGAAACUGCAUGAUCCUACAAAGACCUCUGCUGAAAAGCAGCUAGAACUCAGACUUUGUGAGCUCCUCCUGGACAUUGAAGACCGAAUUUACCAGGGCACACUUGGUUCUCUUAAGGUGCCUAACAGACAGUCAUGGAGAUCAGCUCUUGAGAACUGGUCAUAUGACCGUUUGGAUAAUGAAGCAAAAGAAAAUGGAGUCCUGAAGAUGGAGGAUACCGCUGUUGAAAUGGAAAAUGACAUGAAUCAAAGCAACAAGGACAGGCUCCAGAAUUUGAAAAUGGAAGUACAGAGUGCCAAAUCCACCAAUGCCAGCACUCCUGAACCAGCAGCUAAUUCUGUACAUUACCUGGCGCAAGCAUUAUUGCAGAUAGAGCAGGGAGUGGAACGCAAAUAUCUAAAGGCUCCGCUUGGUGAUGCCGAAGACGGUAAGAAGAGUUAUAAAUUGGAUAAAAAGAAGGAAGACAAAAAGAAGAAAGAUGAAGAAACUAGUGAAAGAGAUGAUGCCAGUGACAGUGGUCGUAUUCAAAGAACAUUGCUUGAUCGCUGGCGAGAAUCUUUAAUUUCAUCUAGCAGCUUCUCUCAAAUCUUCCUCCACUUAUCCACGUUGGAUCGCAGUAUUUUAUGGUCCCGAUCUAUUCGCAAUGCCAGGUGCAAGGUUUGCCGCAAGAAGGGAGAUAAUGAGAACAUGAUCCUGUGUGACGGCUGUGAGAGAGGGCACCACAUUUUCUGUGUGAGGCCCAAGCUGAAGUUUAUUCCUGAAGAUGACUGGUUCUGUCCAGAGUGUAAACCAAGACAACGGACCCGCAGGCCCAACCGCAAGAGGCCUUCAAUUGACAGUGAUGAGGAAGAAGAGGAGGAUGAGCUAGAAGAUGAUGAUGAUGAUGAUGUGCAAGUGCAAUCAGAAAACGAAGACGAUGAGGAGACUGCCAUGUCAGAAGAAGAGAGUGUAACUGUGAAAGGAAAAGCCAAAUUACAAUUGCCUUUAAAGACUAAAGGAAAACCUGGCAGAAAACCUGGACCCAAAAAGGGAUCAGGAAAGAAAGAGUCUGGGAAGACACCUAAAAGUCAACAAGUCACACCCAAAAACAAUUUGCAGACUCCAAAAGGAAGAGGCAGAGGCAAAAAGGCCAACUCUGCCCCACAAUUGGGGCAAAAAAAUGCUGGUUCACAUUCAUCCAUUCGCAUUUUACAAGCAAAUGCGGAAAUACAUGAUGCUGCUUUUGUGGAGCUGGUUGCAGUUGAUGGACAAGGCAGAGGCCGGGGCAGGGGUCGAGGCAGAGGUAAAAAAAUGAAAUCUGUUGAUAGCACUCCUGUAGGAAGCCCAUUUGCCUUCCGUCCAUUUACCCUUGAUAAUGCCGAGCAGACACCCAAAGGAAGAAGGGUGCAGUCACAGAAUUCAAUACCUACCCAUGUGGAAGCCAAAGGAAGGGGCAAGAGACUUAUAACAGCUGAUCUGCUUCUUCAUCCAGAGCUUUCUUCAGGGGAUCCAGGAAACAGGAGGAGUUCUGGGAGACACCAGGGAGUACAUGAGUUAUCUGCUUGUGAGCAGCUGGUGGUGGAGCUGGUGAGGCAUACUGACAGCUGGCCCUUCAUGAGACUGGUGUCCAAGCUCCAGGUUCCAGAUUACUUUGACAUUAUCAAGAGACCCAUUGCCUUAAAUAUAAUCCGUGAAAAAGUGAACAAAUGUGAAUACAAUUCUGCAUCCGAGUUUGUUGCCGACGUUGAGUUGAUGUUCUCGAAUUGCUUUGAGUAUAACAGUGUUGACAGCAAUGAGGCUAAAGCAGGAGUCAAACUACAAACCUUCUUCAUGAAUGAAGCUCAGAAAUUAGGCCUGGAGGUCAAAAAAAUCAUUCCAAGUGCAACAGCUCCACCUGCUAAAAAGUCCCGCAUUUGACUUUUUGUGAGACAAGUUCUACCAGAUAGCAUCAAGGUUUUGUUCUUUAUAACACUGAUGUCCUGCUGAACUCAGAUCACCAAGCAAUAGACUUUGCCAUCCAAUUAAUGAACAAGCACUGAUUUCUCACACCUUACAGCACUCAGGGCAAAUGCACCAACUGCUCAAUAGGGUCCAAGCCACAUACAUGUUUAUAGAAGUAUAUAUGUAUAUCAGAGAUGCAGCGUACUGUUUAAUUGCCGAGACCUUUUCUAAUUUGGUAAUGUAGGUUUUUGUAUUUUCUCUUUGAAACUUACUGUUUUAUAUCCAGGAGGAGGGAAAAAGAGUGGCUAUAGAUUUUCUACCUGAACACUACUUGAGUUGAAUAGACUGGGGUAUAUUUUUGAGGGUUGGACUAUAUACACACUUAAGAGUACUUUGCAGAUCCUAGCUAUUUAUUUGGCAUUUAAACCCUAUGUUUCAGUUGUUUGUAUUUAUGAAUUUUUCGUAUUUGAGGUUAAACUGUUUGUUAUGACAAACUUUUCCAUGUAAAAUCUGUUUCUGCCUUUCUCCCCAUGUGACCGACUUAUUUGAGGUUUGUUGCAGGUUACUAGCACAGUGAGAUCUUCAUAUGCAGAUAGCUGUGUUUAAAAGCAAUAAAUGUUUUGUUUUUUUCCA